CUUCACUUUUGUUUCUUAAAGGGGUUGUGUUUUAUACUACCUUUUUAAUAAACAAACUCAUGAACAAAAAAGUCUUUUCUAUGAGUUCUUAGAGAAUGUCCUUGUCUCUUUUUUUGUUUUCCCCUCAGUAAAAAAGUCCCAUAGCAUUUGCUGGGCAGUGAUUGCAGUUCAUGGUGCUAGAACUGUUAGUAUUUAGCUGGGAUAGGUUUUUUGUUCCAUCUCUGUGGAACAAAACUGAUUUGGCUCAGUGCAAAUCAGGGACAUGAUUUAGCAGAGGGCUGUUAGGGUUGUAUGGUCAGGUUGUGGUUGAACUCGAUGACCUUUAAGGUCUUUUCCAACCUGAGCAAUUCUAUGAUUCUGAUUCUUGCAUGAAGGCAGAAGGAUCAGGAGAACUAACUAUGGAAACCAUUGGUUAUAAUUGAGAUGGCGUGGUGGUGGGAGCAGGAGGUACUGUAGGACAAGAAUUAUACUUUUUAUUCUCACAAUUGAGAAUUAUUUUAUUAAAAACUUGACAUUUUGAAUGCUAAAAUCAAAAAGCAUUGGGAAAUGUAUUGUCUCGAUCCCAAUGCUAGAAAGGAACAGGAAUGGCAAUCCCAUUUCUACCUAAUGUUCUUCAGGUUGCUUGCUGAGUGGCUUUAAACUGAUGCCAUCUGACAAUGGUGUGAGCCCUUUAUGCAACCUUAAUAGGAAAUUCAUGACUGACAUCUUGAAAAGCUUUAGCAGGGGAAAUCUGCUAUACUGUAAAACUUAGUUUAGAAAGGGAUCCAGGAGUGAUUGGGAUGCGAGGGUGCUGGACCUGCUGAGACAUUGGAAAUCCAGUCUGUCUUGCUGUUAAAACUUGUUUGUUGUGAAGGCUGUGUUGACCACAAGACUAAGCACAACCUUGGAAAAUCCUGCAGGCUGAUAGUUGUUCUAGGACAUGGCAGGGCAACAGGUUCACACGUAUUGAUGCAGAGGGAAUUCUAGGGUGCUGUCCUGCCUUCCUCCUGCUUGAGUGAAUGACCUCUUAAGGCUCUGAAUAAAAGACAGUUUUGUUACCUCUUGGAUGACUAGUUUGUCAAUGCAUUUUUCUAGCAGGAACUUUAAUAUUUGACUUUAAUAUAGCAUUUCUGGAGUGACUGCAAUUUGGUAAUUUUAAUAAACUUACUAAAGAAAAAAAAAUCCAAACCCGCUUGUUUCUCACGUGUACUGAAUAACAAUGUUUUCAUUUCAGCAGAUCCAGGAGGAAAGAAAAUAAGAAUUGGUCAUCCAGUUUAUCCAGCGUGCUGAUGGAUGAUCUCUUCCUCCUUGCUGAUAUUCCCAGUUACACACUCAAUGCCAUAUGUGUAACAGGGAAGUCCUUUCUGACCCUGGCCAAGGUUGGCAGGUUGGCUCUUGGCCAUAACUUGUUCAUCACUUUAUUCUGAACUCCUCUGAAGCCCGGGCACUGUCUUCUUGAUUGUGUACACAUUGUCACUGGGGGGGGGAAAAAAAAACUAUUUACAAUCCUAUUUUCCUCAUUCCUGAAACCUCCUAACCCGGUUGACUUGUUGGAGUGCAUUUCAUGCAUUCUUAGUAGAUAGGCUGAAGGAAACGCCUAGUUCAGUCACAGCUAGAGGCUAGAAAGCGUGCGGGGAGUUCAUGAACACCACUCGUCUCCUGCAGUCACCGUGGUGUGCAUGUAGCUGUCGGGGGGAAGGAUUGCACGCCACUGGGCACAGCAUGACCACCCCACCUGCAAGACCCCUUACCCGUGUGCCACAGCUCGUCACAGUGAGUUAAGGGGCUGCUGCUUACUGAAAAUGGAGGAAACAAGGAAGCUUUCUCCAAAGCCGUGUAAGAGCAAAGAGCCUGUGAAAACAGAAUGGGGAGCUCAGAGUGUCGUCUUUACGUAUUUCCAAGGAGAUAUUAACAGCGUGGUGGAUGAACAUUUCUCUAGAGCUCUGAGCAAUGCCAGGAACCCACAAGACCUGAGCACAAAGCACAAGAGCGAGGUGGUCGUCCCGAAGCACGAUAGCAUGUCUCCUCACCAGUGGAAUUUCUCCUCACAUUGCUCCAAAGCAUAUCCGUCAUCCUCCUCUACCAGCAUGUCCAACUCUGCUCUGAAUUUCCCUGCUGUUGCUAUGGCAGGGCAGUACCAGCCAGCAGCUCUGCGUACUCAUCCAGCACCGCCUGCAGACCUCUGGCCCUUCCCUUCCCUUGGCACUCCCAGUCUCACCAGCCCUGUGUAUCAUCAUGCCGUGCCUGACCUGCACGUGGUGGAUGAAUCCAUCUCUGACAGGAAAUACGGUUCCCUUCUUGGUCUUCUACAACAGGAACGGUGCCUGAUGUCCAUGCAGGAAUGUGCUGUGAAGCAACACUCAAGUUCUACUUGUAUGACUGGACCUGCUAGAUUACAAAAUAUAAGCCAAAGUUCAGUUCCUGGGGGAGAGAGGAAAGCCAGCUCUUACCAAGGCUCAGAGAACCCCAGUGCAAGCCAUGCCACUGCAGGUAUUCAGAUUCACGACAGAAGACGGGAUUUGUACUUUUAGCCAUGGGACAUUUCUACUUUAUUCCAACAAAGUUCUUGCCGUGAACUGUUCCUAUUUGCGACUGUGAAUCAAGAAGAAAUGAGCUGCAGCUGUUCUCUGCUUUGUCUCUCAGAUGAAGAAUACUAUUUACUGCGUUAGGAAUUAAAAAUUGCUCUCCGUGUUCAGUAAAUAUUUCUAAUAAUUGUGGCAUUGAAACUGAUGGACUGUGUUUGUUGUGAAGAAUCACUGUCUGCUUUAUGGCUUUCCACACUUAACCCUCUUUGAAAGGACUUUUAGCACUUUUUAAUCACUGUUGAUAAGAAGCACAAUUAUAUCACAGAGGGCUGCAAUUAGCUGCAGCUGCUUAUCUUGAUUUGAUAUCUCUAUAGUGUUUAACAUUGUUGUAGACCAUGGCUUCCAUUGCAAAAAACUUCAAGACAACCAUGGGCCAGAAAAGCACAAUAUCAUCUUUAGUUUGCCUACAUACUGCAGUUUGUAGCCCAUUACAGCACCUGGGCAGAUAUAACUCUUCUUAGUUCAUCAGCUGUUUAUGGUGCUGGUUAAAAAGUAAAAUAAGAAAAUCCCACCCUGUAUAAUAAAAGUGUACUCUAGUGUAUACAAGAGCUAGCAUAUACAUGAAAAUGCAUGCAAGAGGAACCAUGUCAACUAAGUGAAUAAAAGGUAGGCCAGCAUCCUACCGAUGUCCUAAAAUCCCUUCUGGUUUUGAUUUUUCUACAGAAUUGCUUUUCUUCUCUUAUAGCUUGAGUACCUCUCUGUUUAGUUCUCUCUGUUACUGUGCUGACCGUUUCCAGAACAUUAAGGCUACGUGGUUAAAUAAUCUGACUUCCUCUGUGAGCCACAGCAAUGAUUUCUGUGCUGCAUUCCCUCCAUCUCCUCACAGAUUUGUGCUGUAAUUCCAGUGAAAUUAUUGCUUUCAAACCUUUGUCUCCCUCUGCCAUUUCUCCUAAAAGAAAAUGCUUAAAUGAAUUAUCCCUAAGGUCUGGAAAGACAUGAAAGAGUAUACUUAAAUGCUUUUACUUUUUUCUUGGAACAGCUUAGUCCUGUGCGUGUCACAGCUAGAACUAUUCGAAUUGACUCAAAGUCAGUGUUCCCAGUGAAGUGAGCAAGUUGAGUUGGACAGCACUGGGGGGAGUUAUUCAAAUGCAAAGAUGCGAGGCAUCAGUGGUUCUGCCUUGACGUGGGAAUGUUUCCAUCGCUACAAGGUGUGGUGGUGCCAUGUCCUCGUUGUGCCACCAUGCAGCAGGUCUGGCGAACAGGAGAACCACCUGGACAGCCCACGGAGAGCCCAUCGUACUUAUAAUUUCUUCCUCUAAAUCUGUUUGCGCAGAGCAGAGUGGUUCUUGCUUUUCUGCUUGCAUCCAUGGUGCUGCCAUUGUGCUUGGUGCCAGCAGCUCCAUCCCGUUCCGUACGCGUGCUCUUCUGCUCAGGACUUGGCAAACAGCAUCGUGCAUUCAGCAGUGGCCAUCUGCUGCUUCCCACGUUUACUUUCAGUUCCCAUUCUGAAUGCAGCAGUCACUGUGGUGACGGGAGGAGAAAGGAUGUGUGAGCUGCGCCCAUCUUCUGCCUCCCUGAGCUCUCAGUGCUGCAGCGACCACUCCAAGGGAUGGAGGGGAUGUUUUCUGGUAACUCCCAGCACUAUCUUCUUUCGUUAUGUGCAAAUUCACAGCAUUCUGCUCCAGCCCAGAGUUAUUUUCUCUGUACAGAUGGCUUUCUUCCCAUUUUUUUUUUCUUUCUGGUGGACAGAAGAAAAGUGAAUUGAGUGGAAAGGUACUGAACCUCUUGCCCACCCCGUUUCCAGUUGGCCCAGAGAGCUCUCCUCUGAGUUCUCAUGCAUUGUUAUGCUCAGAGAGUUCCAACAGAAAACUGGUGCACGCUGAUGGUGUGGGUGCCUCUGUGGCUGGGGCCUGUUCCUUGUUUCAAUGUCACGCAGUCAGAAGGCUGGGUCACCUCGUGGCAGUGCUGCUGUGCAGGCAGCUGGGCUGUGGUUACAUUACCCCAAUCAUGGUUGUGGUUUCUGUGCUGAAGAGAUGCACAGAUGAUGGGGAGGCAAUAGCAGGGUCACAGUGUGGUGCUGCUGCUGGGGUUUUUGGGUGACCACUGUGGAGCAGAGCUGGCUGAGAUGAGGUGGUCCCCAAAGCAUGGCACACGAGGGAGGCCUACAUCUCCUCCAAGCCACCCAUGGUGACCAGUAUGCUCCAUAGUGUGGAUUAGCAGCAGUACUCUCCCCGAGUGUUUGGGCUGUCCCCAUGUGUUGGUCUGCACCACUCCAUGGGUAUCCCAGGUCUCACAAUGCAGGGGAAGCGGUACAGACACAGCUAGGCUGGAUCUGCCUGCAGAAGAGCCCCAGCUCAUGCUCACAUCAACACCAAAAGCAUGAGAGCAUCCUGUGCUUCCGCAUCCCCAGCAUGGGCUGCCUCAGCAUGAGCUGUGCAGCUCUGGGUUUGAGCCUGAAUGAGCUGUGUUCUCUCCAUCUCCUUGUUCAGCUGGGAGGUGAUGAGUGAUGGGCACAGCAAGAUCAACAGGGUCGAGUUGUAUUUCAUAUAUUUCCUACAGACAGACUGCCUUCCUACCUGAGGUAGGGAUAACAUAACACAUCUCACAGUUAAAAUCAAAAGUUCCUAUGCUCAGCAUUGUUACUAAUCACCCACUUUAGCUUAUAAGGCCACGCGUUUACAAAAAAGAGAAAAGUCUCUUUAAAUAAAUCCCUCUGCCAGCUGGGAAAACAAAUUGAGCGGAUGGAAGGAGACUGAAUGUACCGAACGCCCAACGGGGAUCUCGUGUGACUGAGCACAGCCCACAAGAAUCCCAAGCUGCCUGUCUGUUUCAUGUUGCCUCUGUUCUAUGUGAGGAGCAGACCACUGCUCAGCCCAGAGCCUGCACCACGCUGUGUUUCUGCAGAGGGGUUUCCUAUCAAUAAUUUCAGUCAUUUCUUCCCUUUGUUUACCUGUUACUUCUUGUUCCAUCCCUUUGUCCUGCCUGUCUGAAGCUGACCUGGUCCCUGCUAUUGGAGGUACUGCUGGAGGAUGCAAUCAAAAAACAGCAGGUACUGCACUCAGAAAUCUGCAGAGAAAAGCCAGGGCUAAUUAACAAUGACAAGCAAUUGGAAUGUUCCUCUGAUUGGGUUUUUUGAUGCAGAAAGGUAGAUUAAGUUGAUUUUAAGGAACUGUUCCUGACUUCAGUCAAGCUACUGCAUAACUGAGGCAUUUGAGUAGUGUUACACCAUCUCACUGUGCAUUAUUUCAGGAUGGAUACUAGGGAGGAAUUCUUCUCCAAAAGAGUGGUCAGGCACUGGCACAGGCUGCCCAGAGAGGUGGUGGGGCCACCAUCCCUGGAGAUGUUUC